AUGCCUUCAACCCCACCCUUUGAGAGGACUAGAAGACGAAGGGAUGGACAGACAUAUAAUGAUGGGCCACACAUCAAUCGACGAUGGACGCCAAAUACCCGGCGAAACUAUGCGGCGCAACCACCCAGCCAGCAGAACCUCAAAGCCCUCCACGAACGAGUAGCAGAACUGGCCUCCUCCGCUCUACACCCAGAGGACCAAAAAAUACCCUCCGAACAACGGAUCCUCUACGUCCUCGAGCAACUCGACGCAAUCGCCCACAGCCUCCUCGACAUCCACCCCAACAAAGACAGCCCGCCCAGCGACAGAGAACCCUCUCCCAAGAAGAGCAAAGACACCACCGCAACCUCCGCCCUCCUCGGCUCCGUCAACGCGCGCCGCUACCCCGCCUUCCUCAGCGCCGACUCCCUGCUCACCCUCAUCUCCACCCGCGCCGAAGACCUCAUGCACGCGCCCUCCAUCUUCCUCACCCCCGCCAUCCUCCGCGCCUACACCAACCUCCAAACCCUCCUCGACCGCCCGCAGACCUUCCCCACCAUCUUCCACCUCUACGCCACCAAACCCUCACCCUCCCGCACCCCCUCCGGCGAGCUCAACCAAAUCCCCGUAAAACCCCACACAGCCAAAUCCGCCAUCCCUCCCUCCGUCGCAACCCUCGCCCUCGACUCCGCCAUCCGGUCCCACGACCUCCCCCUCUCCAUCGCCAUCAUAAACACCACCUUCGCCACCCCGUCCCACCACCGCAGCAAACUCCUACGCCACGCCCUGCUGCCCUCCACCCUGCUUGCCCUCGCCCCCGUCUCCGCCUACGCGUUAGCGACGCAAUUCUCCCUCCUCCAAACCACCAUGACCGCUCCCCACGCGACGGGGAUCGCGUUCGCGGGGUUCUUGACUUACAUCGGCACCGUCGCUUCGUUAGGAUACGUGGUGGUGACGACGGCGAAUGAUCAGAUGGAUCGCGUGACGUGGGCGCGGGGGGUGCCGUUGUGGGAGCGGUGGAUUAGGGAGGAGGAGCGCGCGGCGUGGGAUAAGGUGGCGGGGGAGUGGGGGUUUAAGGACCCCGGGCGGAGGGGCGAGGAGGAGGGUGGGGAGUGGGAGGUGCUGAGGGAGGAGGUGGGGCGGAGGGGGAUGGGGUUGGAUCGGGUCGAGUUGAUGGAGGGGAUGGAGUAG